AUGGCCGCUCGACAAGCACCAAUCGUAAUAGAUAAUGGAACUGGCUGGACAAAGAUGGGUUUCGCUGGCAAUUCGGAGCCCAGCUUCGUAUUUCCAACAGUCAUGGGUCUCCCUCACUCUCAAUCCGCUACUGGCUCCUCAGGUCCUGGCCGCCCAAGCGUUGCGGCUAAACCAUCACACUUGGCUUCAAAGAGGGGAAUUGACGAUUUAGACUUCUACAUUGGUGACGAAGCUAUCAAAAACUCUAAAAGCUACGGCCUCAAUUACCCUAUUAGACAUGGUCAGAUUGAUAACUGGGAUUUAAUGGAAAGGUUCUGGGAGAAAUCCAUCUUCCAAUACCUCAGAGCCGAGCCUGAAGAUCACCAUGUCCUGUUGACUGAACCUCCUCUUAACGCCCCAGAGAACAGAGAGUCGAUGGCUGAAAUCAUGUUCGAAUCUUUCAAUGUUCAGGGUUUGUACAUUGCCGUACAAGCUGUCUUGGCUUUGGCUGCAAGCUGGACAUCCUCUAAAGUCACUGAUCGUACUCUCACUGGUACCGUUGUCGAUUCUGGUGACGGUGUUACUCACGUCAUUCCAGUCGCCGAAGGUUACGUUAUCGGCUCAUCCAUUAAACACAUCCCAAUUGCAGGUAGAGAUAUUACCAACUUCGUUCAACAACUGCUUAGAGAGCGUGGUGAAACUGUGAAUAUCCCUCCAGAAGACCAAAUGAGAGUUAGUGAAAGGAUCAAAGAAGACUACUCGUACGUCUGCCAAGAUAUCGUUAAGGAAUUCAGAAAGUACGAUCAAGAUCCUUACAACUGGUUCGAAAGAUAUCAGGGUGAGCAUUCUGUGACAGGCAGACAAUACGGCGUGGAUGUAGGAUACGAAAGAUUUUUAGCACCGGAGAUUUUUUUUAAUCCUGAAAUAUACUCGAGUGACUUCUUAACGCCAUUACCAAAUGUAGUCGAUGAAGUCAUUUCAAGCUCACCAAUUGAUGUCAGAAGAGGACUUUACAAGAACAUAGUUUUAUCCGGCGGAUCAACAAUGUUCGACCACUUUGGCGCCAGGCUGAAGAGAGAUUUGCGUCAAUUGGUCGAUACCAGAUUGACAAACUCGGAAUUGCAGUCAGGAAACUUGCAAAAGUCAUCUGGCGUUGAAGUCAACGUUAUUUCACACAAAAGACAGAGACACGCUGUCUGGUUUGGUGGUUCUCUGUUGGCUGGUUUGCCAGACUUCUAUACGAGCUGCUAUUCUAAAGCUGACUAUGAUGAGAUUGGGCCAUCGAUUUGUCGUCGCUAUUCUAUCUUUGGUAGCAGCACUUAG